AUGCCCGGCGGGGACGACGGCACGACCGACGACGACCCCCACGGCGUCGCCAUCUUGAGCGUCGCGUGGUCGAGAGACGGACGAAAGGUUGUCAGCGCCGCCGCGGACGGCGCGAUCGUCGUGUGGGACGUCGCGGAAUCCGACGACGUCUUCCGCGCGACGUUCGACGCGCCGCUGCAUCGCGUCGCGUUCGACCCGACGAACGCCUCCGUCGCGCUCGUCUGCCCCUCCCACGACGGCCCGAUGACAUUCGUGCUCGGGAGAGGGAGGAAGAAGACGUACCUGCCGCAGAUGCCCGGCGGCGUCGAGGCGGCGUCGCUCGUGUGUCGCAUUCCGGGCCGAGGAUUGGACGAAAACGCGGCGUCGCGCGCGCCCGCGUACGCCAUCUACAGCAAGUCCGCGCGGCACGUGUUCGUGGCGAACAACCGCGGGGUGAUCACCGUGGUCGAGACUGCGACGAUGGACAUCGUCCAGGCGUUGAAAGUUCCGGACGCGACGGUCGUGAAGCGGAUCGAGCUCUCGAAGGACGGCUUGAAACUUUUAGUCACGUCCAACGCGCGCGCGUUGAACUCGUACGACGUCGCGGAGCCGGACGCGUCGUCUCCGUCGAAAGGGCAGAUGAGCCACACGGCCGGGGUGUUGCGCGCGUCGACGACGUAUCUCAACGCGACGCACCGCUCGCAGUGGGCCGCGGCGGCGUACACGUCGGACGGCGCCUACGUCGUCGGCGCGAGCGCCGGGUCGAGCCACGAGUUGCACGUGUGGGAGACAAACUCGGGGGCGUUGGUUCGGAUCUUACAGGGCGGCGCGGACACGAAAGGGAUCACGCAGAUCGCGCCGCACCCGCUGCGAUCGCUCGUCGUCGCCGUCGGCGCGAACGGGACGCUGUACAUGUGGAGUAAGAGCUACGUCGAGAACUGGAGCGCGUUUGAUCCGGAGUUUCACGAGGUGAAAGAGAACGAGGUGUACGUCGAACGCGAGGACGAGUUUGAUUUGAUCGCGGACGAGGUUCGGGACGAGAUCGAGAACGGGGGGAAGCGCGCUACCGACCGUGCGGCGAUCGCGCCGGCGGAGGCUGAGGCCGAGGCUGAUCCGAAGCCGAAGGAAGAGGAAGGGGUUGCGGGCGACAAAGAGCCGACGCUCGCGCUGCCGGCGACGGCGGCGGAGGCGGCGGUCGCCGAGGACGCCGCGGCGGCGGCGGCGGCGGAGACGACGACGACGACGACCGCGGCGCCCGCGGCGGUCGAGGACGCGACCGUCGUCGACCCGGAGGAAGAGGCGAGGAAAGUCGCGCUGAGGGAAGAAGCAGAGGCGUUCUUAAAGCGCGAGGAAGAGGCCGCGGCGAGGGUGAAAGCGGAGGAGGACGCGAAAGAGGCGGCGGCGAAGGCGGCGAAGGAAGCGGCGCGCGCGAAAGCCGCGGGCGAGACCGCCGCCGCGACGCCGGGGCCGGGGGGCGACGCGCCGCCGCCGCCGCCGACGACGACGACGACGGCCGAAAUCCUCGCAAAGGCCGAGCUCGAGUCCACGCCCGCGCCGGCGGUGGCGCUCGGGUUGGUUCCCCCCGCGCGAGAGUCGGUCGAGAACGUCUUCGAGGGGAGGAGGGAGGAAAACGCGGCGGCUGCGGCGGCGAUCGACGCCGCGCCCGCGCCCGCGCCCGCGCCCGCGCCCCUCGCGAUCGUGCCCGCGACCCUCGACGAGAAACCGGCCGUGGACCCUUUGCUAUCUCUCCCCGCGGACGACCCGCACCGGGUCGCGGUCAUGGCGACCGUGGACGCGAUUCGAAAGGAACGGAAAGCCGCCGCCGCCGCCGCCGCCGCGGAGGAGCUUCGAAUCGAGAAAAUAAAAUCCGCGGCGAUCAUGCGUCACCGCGCGGCGGCCGCGAAAGCGACGAAGGAGGCGCUGAACGCGGCGAAACAAGCGGAAGCGGACGCGGCGAACGUCGUCAUCGACAUCCUCACGCGCGAAUCGGGAUACUACACGGACGAGGGCGAGGAGGACUGCUUGCAUUUUCUUCCGCUGGAUUUAACCCCCGCGGAGGAUGCAGUGCGCAUCGUCGAGGAGCGGAAGCGGCGAUGGAGAGCGCGCGAGGAAAGGAAACUCGCGGAGGAGGCUGCCGCGAACGCCGUGGGCGCCGUCGGGGAGAAGAGGAAGGAGAGAGAUGAGGACGACUUCCGCGAGGACGACGAAGACGCGGAGGACGCGGAGGAAGAGGCAGAAGACGAAGACGAGGAGGACGAAGACGCGGAGGUCGCCGAGGAAGAGGCGGAGGAGGAAGCCGACGACGCGGGCGAGGAACGAGAAGACGUCGAGAUGAUCGACGACGAGUAA